CUAUUUUGAACUAAAUAAAUUCUAAAGAGUUGAUUUGUUAUUUUAGAAAUCAAUAAUAUUGUUGUAUCACAACAUCCAACAACAAGUACUUGUACUGAUAGUAAUAUCGGUCUUAUUCAAGUAACAGAGAAAGAUGCAGAUGAUUUUAUACAAGUUCCAAAUCAUUUUACGUUAUCAAGUGAUAAAAUACAUGAUCUUGUAAAUAGAAAGGAUGAUAGUUCUUCAAAAUCACUUGAUUCAUCUGCUGAUUUUAUCAAUGAAAUUAAUAUGUGUACCUUAGAAUCUAAUGCAACAACUAAUACGAGAAACAACAAUGAUGAAAAUAUUGAUGCAUCAUCAGGUAAUAAUACAAAUAAUAAAUCAGAAUAUUUCAUGACUUUUUUCGAUUUUAGAGUCACAGCAAUGGUUAAAGGACCUAAAAAGUGA